AACUCCCUGCCACGCUUCUCAACACCCCCUACCUUCGGUCACAACAAAUAUAUGGAGACUAAGGGUGUGUUUCUUUGUGCUGGUACUUAUUGACUUAUUGCUGAUAAGCAGUUUAUUAACUUAUAAGGUGCUUAUAAGUCAAAUAUUCUUUUAUGGAAGUAAAAUGACUUAAAUGAUAGAUAAGUCACUUGGAAAUAUUCAUAAAUGCUGAGAGGCAGUUUUCUAAAUAAUUUGGUCAAAACGGAGAAACGAAAAAAUUGGCUUAACAAUAAGUAGCUAAGACCUACUUAUUUUUUCUGGCUUAUAAGCAGCUUAUAAGCACACAGUAACAUGUCAUCUGCUGACUUAUUAGUUAAAAACUGCUUAUAAGCAGUUUUGACCGACUUAUAAGCACGGAGAAACACCUACUAAAUAUGAAAUAUUUUUUUUAUUGUUACUAGCCUUGUUAACUUUUAGGUUUGGUCAAUCACAACAACAACAAACCCAAUAUGAUUCAUUAGACCCUUGAUGCAUUGAUGCCACAACAAAUAUUGGAUUAGCAAAAUGGCACAUUAUACUUUACAAGUAUAUUUGCUUCUUACUUUCUAUGAUGUUUUGGGUAGCAAAUGCAACGAUGCAUUAAUGAUCUAUAGGAAACCUCUGUGUAAAAAAUGGGGAAACUGUCUACAUGCCCUCCUAGACAGCUAGACCCCAACGAACUUAGGAUUAUACUGGGCUAUUUUCGUUAUGCUUCCUCAAUCAGUUAUUCCUGCUUGCUUUUGUGCGUACACCAACUUUUAUAAAUUUUGAAGUACAUGAUGCUUCUUUGAACAUUUCUAGACUAUAUUUACAAUUUACAUCUAGAGUAACUUUUUUAUUGUCUUGGUUCCAAUGAAAAACUAAACACGCCCGAACUAAUAAAAUACUUGUGGGCUCCCGACCAGUUGACUAGUUCUUGAAUAAUUUUCUUAAAUAUUUAAGGCUGUCUUUUAUUCUCAUGCUUCCUUAAUCAGUUAUUCAUACUCUCUUUGGUGCGCACACCAACAUUUAUAAGUCUAUAUUUACGUUUAAGUCUAUAUUUACAUUAUUACAUUUUGUCACCACCCAAAGCUAUUAUGCUGUGACGUCUGGGAGUUAGUUUGGUGUUUAAAUCUUUGACCAUAGCCUUAAUUCCUUAUUCUCUUCUAUUUUAUCCAGAGUAGAUUUUUAAGAAAAAUUGAACAACAAUAAUUUUUAAGAAAAUUUGAACAGUGCAGAAGAAAAUUAAUCGUGCAGUAUGCGAAUUGGUAAUUUUAAGAUAUUCUAUGCUUUCUUAUCAUGAAAAAAAGUCAGAAACCUAUUAGAGUCCCAGUGGGAAGCUAGCAGCCUACUCUGUUUUGGUUAACAUGAAUAUAUAAAUGGUAAUACAUAUUUGAAUUGCAGGCAGGUUUUUCUUUACUCUAAGCAACAGAGAAAGGAUUGUCAUUUUGAACUAAAUCCCAAUCAAGAUCCAUUAUGAAUUGCUACAGGGAAGAAGUCUAAGGAACUCUAUAGAUAUACAUAUUCUGUUUACCGGGUUCCUGUAGUAAACAUUUGAAUGUGUGAACACAUGGAAAGGGAGUACUAUGAUAUAUUGAUAUACUUUAGAUGUAUUAUUAUGGAACUAAAAAUAGACCCCAUACGGCAGAGCUUCAGGAAGUCUUUUGAAUCUGUUGCACAUUUAGAGCUCAUUUGGUAGGGAUAAGACUCAGUGAAUAUAUAUAGUUGACCCUUCUAUUCUCUCAUUGUAGCACAUUUGAACAUUCUCUUGGAGAGCCUCUAAUUAAAAAAUGCACGGACAAGAUGCGGUCAUAUAUUUCAGAGUUGCUUUGUCAUCCUCUUUAUUAUGGAAAUGGAUGCGUAAGGGUUCCAGGCGGAGGACUUUUUGAUACGCUUGAACAAGGAACCUCUCGGUCUUCUUGGUUAUUGAGCAUGGAGUGCCUUUAUCGGUGUAUUAUAUCAAAAUUUUGGUCCCAAGUGACAAUUCUCUAUCACAUAUUUAUUCUGGAAGUGUAAGAUGUAGUGGAUGGUGUGACUUGUGAGCCCCUGACCUACAAAUGUUUGUAACUGACGUAUGCAUUGAUCAGAGAAAAAGUCUAGAUUUACUUUACUUUUACUUGGCAAUUCUAUUGACAUCACAAACUCGAUAAACAUAUUGCUGCUCACUCAUUGAGUUGGAGGGUAUGCAUUUUAAAGUCACCAUCAGGCCUUGAGCUAAGAAGUGGCAGAGAGAAUUGUAAGCAGGAUCUAGAUUUUAACUUUUCAUAUUCCUAUCUGGGACAUACCCAUGUUCAAUAUCAGCAUUUUUCCCCUAAGUGCUCUCACCAGUGUUCUUAGGGACUUCACGUUGCAUCUGAAGUUGUUUCCCCAGGAGUCCAGCACCUAAAGAUAAAAUGCUUAAUCAUUUUAGCAAAUCACUUUCUUGAAGAAUGACCAUACUAUACACUGAUGAGGCCAACAUUUACAAGGCUUUGAUGGGAUUUUGUGGCUAUGGUUAUCCUUCUGCAGCCUAUUAUGUACAACAUAUUACAUAUGUAUGAGCAGUUCUGUAAAAUUUAAACAAGCUUUUGUUAUGAAAUACGGCUAGUUGAUUAGCUU